UCAGUGAAGCAGGCGUUCUGCUCUCUGUACAGCUGUGGGCCUCUGCUCGGCAGCGGUGGUUUCGGUUCUGUGUUUUCGGGUCAGAGACUCUCUGAUGGACUCCAGGUCGCCGUCAAACAGAUCUCCAGGGACAGAGUCCAGCAGUGGGCCCGCCUGCCCGGCGAGCUCGCUCCUGUUCCCAUGGAGAUCGCUCUGCUGCAGCGGCUGUCGGAGGCCGGCGGGCACGGCGCCGUGGUCCGCAUGCUGGACUGGUUUGAGGUGGAGGGGCGGGGCUUCCUGCUGGUUCUGGAGCGGCCGCCUCAGUGUCAGGACCUGUUCGACUUCAUCACGGAGACGGGAGCGCUGUCGGAGCGCCUCGCCCUCAGGUUCUUCAGGCAGAUCGUGGAGGCUCUGCGAUUCGUCCACGCUCACGGCGUCGUGCACCGGGACGUCAAAGACGAGAACAUCGUGGUGGACACGCGGACGCUCGAGGUGAAGAUCGUCGACUUCGGGUCCGGAGCGCCGCUGAAGGAGGCGCCGUACGGAGAGUUCGAAGGUACGAGGGUCUACAGUCCUCCUGAGUGGAUCCUGUCUCAGUCCUACGAGGCCGUCCCGCUCACCGUCUGGUCUCUGGGCGUCCUUCUCUUCGACAUGGUCUGCGGGGACAUCCCCUUCGAGUGCGACCAGGAGAUCAUCGGGGCCACGCCCCUUUUCACGCGACGGGUCUCUACAGAAUGCCAGUCUCUGAUUCGCUGGUGUCUGUCGUACCGGCCCGAGGAGCGUCCAACCCUGGAGGAGAUCCUGACCCACCCCUGGAUGGAGGAGGAGGAAGGAGACCUGCAGGAGGAGCACGCCUCUCUGCCCAGCCAGUCCCUGUAGAACCGCCUGGGACAGAACCCUGACCGGCUCCAGAACCGGGCCUAACUCACACUGGACUUAAAGACAGGAAGUGCUCUCAGCUGAUUUUUUAUUUAAUUUAAUUUAUCUGCAGCAGGGCUGGAUGACUUCCUGUUUAUUUAUUGAUCCGUUUUAAUUUAUUCACAUGAAUAAUCAGAAAGUUUGGUUCAUGUUCAGCUGGUAUGAGUUCUGGUUCUGCUGAUGUCACUGUAGAUACUUGUGUAUUAUUGGCUGGUUCAAAGGUCAAAGUGGCUCAUGGUCACUUGUUUCUGUUUAUUUAUAUUAAAUAUGAAUUUAUGGAUCAAAAGAUCUGAAUAAAUGUUUUCAUCACUUC